CAUCAGCCAGCGUCAUUUCAAGCUUCAUUUUCACCAGCUUUGCUUUCUCCGUUUCGUUGAUAUUUAGUAUUAAUUUUGCGCCUGUUCUUUACUAUAUUCCCUUCUUGUUCUUUUUAAUACCGCGAUUUCCCUAUAUACAGACUCAACGAGCAAAGAGAGAGAGAGAGAGAAAAGGACCACACUGAAAUGUAUCAUCACUGGGGACAUGGCACUUCAACCCCCGCAGUAGGAUCCGCCACUUCAGGGUCCCGAAUCGACUCGCCCUCGCAAUCCCCAUCGCAGUCUUCCUACCAGAUGUCGCAGAUGCGAUGGUUACCGUCUAUGAUUACUCGAUCCGCUACUCACUCGCACAAUUCCCUACCGACUAUUUCGUCAAACUUUCGCCUAGGACAACAACAACAACAACAACAACAAGAAGAACAGCAGCAACAGCAGCAACAGCCACAACACCACGCUCAUCAUCACCAUCCACAUUCGCAUCCACAUCAUCCCCACCAUCAUCAGCAUCAUCAUCAUCACCAGCAACAGCAGCAAGGUCAGCCACCCCCGCCGGUUUCGGUGGUUCUCGAGUCGAGGGCGCCUCCUGCGUCUUCUGGACAACAGACCGGAGCUAGGGGCGCACCUGAGUUGGUGGAAAGUGAGGAAAGCGAUCGGUCAGAUAGUCCUGGGGAGACACCGGGCGCCAGGGAUGUCGGGGGGGUAGGGGACCCGGAUUUUGCGCCGUCUCCGGGGGAGCAUGGACGGCAGUCUACUGGUCGCGGGAGAGGUGGGAGGCAAAAUCUUGCUGGGAGAGGGGACGAGGAUCUCGACGACCGGGAAGGCAUGAGCGGGGGCGUGGGAGAAAGCGGCGAGAGUACCUCCGGGGGAGGCACGGGCAUGAGAGAAGGCCCCGAUACACUACGAAAACACGGGAAACGGCUUACAACCAAGGAGGAAGUGUGCUUGUUUGAGAUCUGCAAUCGACAUGCGGCGGGAUUCGGGCAGCGGAGUAAUCUCUGCAAGUGGUGGAUGACGGUGACCAUGGAGUUCACGCGGGGCCAGAAGCACCCAUACUCGUGGCACUCUGUGCGGCGCAAGGUUGAGAUAGUGACGAAGCAGCGCAUGAAGUUCCUGGAGGAACAGCGUGAGAAAGGCGUCGGCGAGGGGGAGGAUCUGUCAAAUCCACGCUGGCGCGCUGUCGUCGACGCCUGGAUUCCUACCUGGCAGCGCUGGGAAGAGGCGGAAGCGCGGCGCAUCGAGAAACGAGACUCCCGGCGUCCUCGCAAGAGGAAGUGGAUCGGAGAUGGGUGGGAGACGCCUCAAGCUGAUAGCUGGAGAGCCCCAUCGAGCAGUAGCCCCCUCGUGAACCAUACCCCGACUCCAAACCACCCGCACAAUCACAACCAUUCGCACCCCGUCACACCUAUGGCACCUACCCCCCCGGUCGUCUCAACACCUGUCCGACUGCCCCCAGGCUUCGACAACAUGUUCUCUGGCCAAACCACCACAUCCACCCCGAACAACCCAAAUCACCCAUCUUCAUCCAACACCACCGGCACAGACUCAACCAUGAUGGCGGCCGUCCUCGAAACCCUCGGCAAACUAAACAAGCACCUCGACGCCGCAAACCCGGACUCGCGCUCUUCCUUCCCACCCACCUCAGAGGCUCGCGCCACUACGGCAAACUCCCUCAACCGCUCCUCCUCCCAAUCCCACUCCAACAUAGACGACGGAAGCGGAGUCGGCAGCGAAGACCCGCCCUCCCCCCCAUUGCAACCCCAACUUCACCUCUCCUCCACACUGAUCAACAAACUCAAGGCAGAGAUCCGUCGAGAAAUGCGCAACGAAUUCCGCGAGGAGUGGGAGAAAGAACGCGCAUCUCUAGAAGAAAAGCUCGAUUCCGUGCAGAGGACGCAGGAGAUGAUUCUCGAGAUGCUCAGACAGGAACCUACCUAGCUAAUUUUCUUUUCUUUUCUUUUCUUUUCUUUCCCCUUUUUCUUCCUUUCCUCUGGGGGUUUUUUUUAUUUUUUUUUCUGCUCUCAUAUGAUACCAUGCCCUGCUAUACCAUACCAUACCAUACCAAUCUAUCACGUUAUUCAUCUAUUGUUAAUUUUUUUUUUAUUGUCUAUUGUCUAUUGUUUAUUGUGUUGGGAGUUUUCCUAUACAAGCAUCAUGAUAAGCUCAAGCUUUCUAUAAUGUAUUUACCUACUUAUCCAGAUCCCCUGCGAUAGAUCCUGCAUAUACAUAAUAAUAUACCUAACU